AUGCGAGAAUCAUGUUACCUGUCGAAUGAGGAAUCCUAUGAUACCCAGCCUGAAAACAAAUAUCGCUUUCCUCCUACCUCCUGUCCAGAUGACUCGGAUAUGAAUUAUUCGAACGAUUUUUUGACACGGCAUGAUCAAGUCUCGGAACCUUUUUGGUUUCAUUCACCAGCUUGCCGGCCUUAUAUUGCCUCAUCGCAAGUUCAUGUAACAGAUGCCCUUGUCGCUUCGGAGCCUCAACAUUCUUCCAUCAGGCAACCUCCAAGUCUUUCAUUUUUUAACUUGCAUGAGACUUCUGUACAUCCCUCUAUUUCUUCUAACGGAAAUACCUCAGAUGAUCCUAAUCUUAAUUCGAACUAUGAUACGAUUGGCUGCAAUUCCUACGACACUCUCCGCUUAACGCCUCAAGGCCUUCCAUCUGUUAAUGACGACGCGUAUGCCCUUCCAACGGAUAAUUCUAGUCACUCAGACUAUUCCUAUUCGGUCUCACCUGUGCUCCGAUUCCCUACUCCUGAUCUUCCUCCAUUUGAGGAAUCUUUUCUAACCUGUACCAAGCGACCAUUACCAUGGCAGUUCAUCGACCCAAACAUUCCAAGUAAAGCAUCGGGGCUGGCAGCUUCAAGAUCGAUGGUUGGAAAGGAAGAAUCGGGAGAGGCGGAAGAAAGUCAUAAGACCGUUUUCUCCAGAACAGAACAGCUAGUCGAUUCUGCGUCUGACACGGCAUCGUUAAUUCGGGUAUACUUGACUGGCACCAGGGAUGCCGUUGAGCGAGUUAAAGCGGGGUUAACGUCAACCUGUCCACUAGACAGGUAUUACAGCCUUAUCGUAAGUUAUAUAUUAUUCAUCCUUUAUUACUUAGACGUACAGAUUUUAUUCCCUUUUUAA